AUGAGGGUACUAACAUGGGUUUGCUUUCUAGUGUGAUCGUUUGAAGCCGGCUUGUACUUCUUGUAAGAAGUCCAAUGCAAGUCAUCUGUGUCAUUAUGAGGAAAACUUUGGAGGGUGGGAUCAGAAUGACGAUCCACGCACCCCUUCUCUCGGUACUCACCAAUCAAUGUCCAUCAUGGACAUGAAACACAGUGGUGUUAUGCACCAACAAUCGCAGAGUCAACCGUUGCCAAACCAAUAUCCACAGUUUCAGUACCAACAUGGGCCACAAGCACAAGCUCAAGCUCAACAUCCCAUGAACCAUGGUUUCCCUCCACAAGGAGUGCCACUAAAUUCUCCACCUCCACCUCCUCCGAUGUACGACUCAAGACCGUUCGCAAGUGGGCCCCCAAUGGGAAUACCGACUCCUGGUAUGUAUCCAAUGGCAGGUCAACCACCGAUGGGUUACGGUGGACCUGUUAUGAUGGAUUAUUGGAACUCUUUCCCACCUGGCCCAAAUCAGCUGCCAAGCUAUACCGCACAGUCCCGCACACCGGGUGAACUUGUCGAACCUUUAAGGCCAGUACCUCCAUUCCCAGAUGUUAUGGGUCCAUUUCCACAUCGUCCACCUUUUCAGUCACAUCUUCCACCUAUCAGCAACCAGGAACCGCAUAUUCUUUCUCCAAAUAAGCGUCAAAGAAUUGAGGUGGAACCGGAAAGCGUCAUUGAUCCAUCCUUGUUCAAACCAUAUGAACUUAUCGAUUUCCACAACAUGAUUUGUCCACAAAUGAAAAAGGUGAAGUUGGAGUGUAAUGGUCUCUUGGAAAACAAUUCCCUCUUGAAGAGGGAUAAGAUCUAUUCGAUCUUUUACUUUUACCUCAUGAAACUUGAUGCCAUACCAAGAGCUCCGCCAUCGAACAGGUUUACUCGACUGGUUCAGAAUCCUAGCUACGAAAUCGAAAGAUUUUACAGAGAACCUCAAAGCUUGGUUGAAUUCAUCAAAAAAAUUGAAGAAGUUUUACCGAAGAACAAGAUUGUCUGGUUGCUGGUGGAGAGGUUCUUUCUCGAUAUCGCACAACCUUUUUGUCCUACACUUGAGGAGAAAAAAUUUACCAAGGACUUAGCACGUGUGAUUGGUCCACCUGAGUCACCUGAAGCUGAUACCAAAUUUAACAUAUCUCUUGAUAAUAACGAAGAUUUGGUAAUCUGUUUGAAGUUGAUGUUUGUCGUUAGAAUCAUGCAAAUUUGUCUCUUGACGACGACAAGAUUGGACAAAUCUUCUGACUAUCUGCUGAAGAGCUGCAAACCAUCACAUGAGUUAGAGCUAUACAUUGAUCUAUUCUUCAACACAAUUACGAAGUUCAACGUCAGCGAUGAAACUAGGUUGAAACUCACUCUAAUGAAGGUACUUCUUUCGACAAUCUCUUUUGACGGCGUUACACCAUUGAACUUGAGUCCUUCGACAUUGAUGGCGUUGGCACUUCAGUUAAAUUUGAAUAUUGAUGGCGAAAUUGGCGACGAGGAGAAUUUAAAGCAUAUCUGGUACUACAUCUAUGUCUAUUACUUCUCCGUCUGUAUACAACACGGACUGCCAAUUUUCCUUACGGAGGAUUUUUUCAAUGUGAAACUUUCAGAAGCUGGGGUGGGUAUAGGCAAGAUCUUUAUGAAGUCAAUCAACAUCAACUAUGAAAAACAAGUUGAGGUGUUCAAAUCUGCUAGGCACUUGGUCAGCUCUUUACAUAAGCCGCACCACAAGCUAAGUGUUGGAACUGUGUGCAAGUUGUUAAAAGAGUAUGAUGAAGUAUUUGACCAACAAUUUGGAAGCUUUAACGAAAACAAGAAUGAAAUUAGUUAUAACUAUGCCGAGAAAAUCAGUCGUCUGAUGAAUUCUAUCUUGCACAACAUGACAAAGGCCAACGUUCUUGCCGUUGUUAUGUUGCAUUAUGAAAACUACCCAGAUGCUCCAAAAGGUGAAGUAGUGAAAUUCAUUAAUGAGUAUCAACAAGUGUGCUAUAACUCAUUUCAAGAAUCGCUGGACGUUUUGAAAAAUUACAACAACUAUUUCAAAUCUGGCUAUGAGUUUUAUCUCUUUGAAUUCAUAUUUAAACUUUUGGAGAGAUUGCUAAAACAUCUGCAAAGUUUCCUAUUGAGAUUUGAGUAUUUUAAAACUCCUUACUCAUCUUUACUCAAAUUCUUCUUGAGCAUCAUUGAAGAGUUAAACAAAUUCCCUGUUUUACAGCAAUAUGUUCAGCUUUGGCGUUUGCAAAACCGUGCGAAGAUCAUAUUGCAUAUAUUAAAACGUCAUCGUGAGGGCAAGAUCAAUGCAUUUGAAUUGAAAUUUGACUAUCAAGGUGAGGAGAUUGACUUUACGGGAUUCUAUUCGAGCUUCCUGACCAUUGGUACUGAAUCAUGGGAUGCGCUCGAUAAGGGCUUUGACAAGCUAAACGAACUAUGCGAUACGAAAUAUUCGAACCUCAGAUCCAAAGAUGACUUGUUUAAUGCAAUUGACUUCCCAGAGCCGGAGUUUUGUAUAAACUACUUCCACUGAGGUGG